AACCCGUCCCGAUCCGUUCCGCAACCAGACCCGGCCAGUUUUCCCCCAGCAAGCAUGGGAGUAAUUGCGUUGACGACGGGGACGCUGCACGGGGAAUCGGGGAGAUAUUAAUCGAUUCCUUUUCCUCUGGAUUCCGGCCGUCCUUUUCCCGCACUAUAAAUUCCGGGGCAGCGGCAAGAAUCCGCAGAGAUCGCUGUCAGAAGGCCCUGCACUCAAACUCAGCAGGUGGAGGGGGGCGAUAGAGGCAACGGGCCGCCGGCGAUGUCGUCGUCGUGGAACUCGGUGGGGCUGGAGGUGCUCUACCAGGUCAUCGGGUGGAUCGCCUUCGUCGCCUGGUCCUUCAGCUUCUACCCGCAGGUCGUCCUCAACUACAGGCGCAAGAGUGUCGUCGGUCUGAACUUCGAUUUUCUGGUGCUGAAUUUCACAAAGCACUCUUCCUACCUCAUAUACAAUGCUGCUCUAUUCUUCAGCCCCUUCAUCCAGCAACAGUAUCAUGACAAGUUUGGUGAUAAAGAGAUGAUUCCUGUUGCUGCAAAUGAUGUUGCUUUCUCUCUACAUGCAGUGGCCUUGACAUCUUUUACCCUUUACCAAGUUUUUAUUUAUGAGCGUGGAAACCAGAAAGUCUCCAAAGUGUGCAUAUCAAUCUCUGCUGUUGUCUGGUCAGCUGCUAUUGUUUGCCUCAUUGUAGCUUGGCCAAAAAGUAACUGGCUAUGGCUUAUUGAUGUAUUCAAUUCAAUACAGGUUGCGAUGACAACAGUCAAGUACAUCCCUCAGGCUGUGAUGAACUUCAGGCGGAAGAGUACAGUUGGUUGGAGUAUUGGCAAUAUUUUACUUGAUCUUACAGGGGGGGUGCUGAACUUUGGUCAGAUGGGUGUGCAAUCUAUUGAUCAGCACACUUUAGUGAAUUUCUAUGGAAAUAUCGGCAAGACUCUUCUUUCAUUGGAAACUGUUUUCUUCGAUGUUCUCUUCAUAAUUCAACACUAUGUGUUGUACCCUGUCAAACGGGAUGAGAAUGACUCUGAGUACCCUGUUCUCCCCGUUCAAGUGAAAGAUGGGAAAGAUGGGACGGCCGUGUAAACUUGUAGGAUUGGAAAUGAAGAUGGGACGGCUGUGUAUACUUGUAGGAUUGGAGAUGAAGAUGGGACGGCUGUGUAAACUUGUAGGAUUGGAGAUGAAGAUGGGUCUUAUGGGUCCAAUGAAGCAUGAGGCUCCCAAGUAAUAAAAACGUGUGAUGGAUUUACCAAGGAAAGCAAAAGGGCUCAACGAUGAAACGUUCAAAAGAAUCCUCCAAAUCUGGCAUUGUCCACAUGUACCCACUAAUAAA